AUGUCUGACUCCCUUAUUCUAAUUAUCAAUCCAAAAUGCGGUGAUGAACAGGGACCUGACUUUGUUGAUGAGCACGUCAUUCCGCUUCUCUCGGGAAAAGGUAUUCAUAUCGAUAGACAAAUCGUCACUACUGCGCCGGGUCACGGAGGAUUGGAAGUCGUUAACUUCAUUAACGGACAUAAGGAACACUCCUCUAUUUCCAUUAUUCUUGCCAGCGGUGACGGAACAUUACAUGAGAUAAUAAACUCCGUUCACAACGCUAGUUUCGUUCACGAGUUACAGAUUUCGGUCGCACUAGUACCAACCGGGACGGCCAACGCCCUUUACUCUUCACUCUUCUCGCAUGCUCUUGCAGGUUUGCAAGGCGGAAGCAUAACUCCGAUAGACUAUAAGCUGCAUUCAGUCAAGUCUCUUCUUAAUGGUCGGCGAAACAUCUCACCGCUCACGAUAACAAAAGCGACCGUGCGUUCUUCAGCGAAUGAAAUCACAGCUUCAUCCUUCGCAGCCGUUGUGACGUCUACCGCACUGCAUGCGUCGAUCUUGCAUGACUCGGAAAGUCUCCGAGAACAGGUUCCUGAUCUCAGCCGAUUCAAGUUAGCGGCACAGAAGAACAUCACCCGUUGGUACCAAGGCACCGUCAAAUUCCGGCCUGCAGAUAACGGUCAGGUUCUGGUGUACGAUAGUCACUCAAAUCAAUUCGUGCCUUUCGUCGGCGACGACAACAAUGCAACGGAACCAACGAUGUCUGGGCCUUUUGCAUAUUUUCUAUCAACAGUAAAUGUGGACCGCCUUGAACCUUCCUUCGUCAUCUCGCCAUUGCAUUCCAAGAUACCUUCCGGUGGUAGAACGAUGGAUCUCAUAGUUAUUCGGCCAAAGAGGGAUCCCACGAUACCCAAAGAGUCCAGUUCAGAGGAUGACCACACUCGUUUCGCGAAGAAGGUGGAACAGGCGCUUUAUGCAGCGUACAGAGAUGGUGCGCAUGUUGGCCUGAAAUAUUCCAGGGAUGGCCAACUAUUGGAUGGAGCUGCAAGCAAAAGUUUGCAUAGCCUUGUAGAAUAUAUCAGAUUCACAGGAAGUUGGCGCUGGAUCAAUACUGGAACAGAGAUCGCUCAUCUGUGCGUGGAUGGAGCUAUCUUUGAUAUCGAGACUGGAGGGGAAGCAGAAUGUCAAGUGAUAGAUUCCAAAGUCCUACGUUUCGGUAUAUUCGUCUAG